GAUCGACGCAAAAUUGAGACAACGGCAGUGACGCAGUUUAGCAAUUUUAAUUAGGUCGAAGCGGAGCUAUGGCGGUGGUGUGGAUGAAGUGGGGGGACGAGGCGCUGUGCUUCCCACUCCAGGACGGCGCCAAGAUGAUGGUAAGCUCCAUCGCUCGCCACUGGGGCCUGGACCCGGACUCCCUCCGCAUCGCCGACUGCGCUCUAGUCCCAGACGCCGACGGCAACUCGGUGCUCUCUCUUGACGACAUGGUAGCCUUGCUCCAAGACCAGCCCGACUUGGGCGAUGGUAGCAGCCACGACCAAGCACUCCUCGUCACUGGCCGCCGCUGCUCUGCCACCAGGGAUGCGUGCUCGGCUUGCGAUCACCCGGCCGUCCAGGAUCUCAUCCGACAGCGAGACGAGGAGGAUCUGGUCGCAAGGAAGAAGCAAAGGAGAGAGGCCGCAGAGUCGAGGCAGCGCAAGGCAUUCCACAACAGUGUCAAAAACCUGUGGCCGUACGUCAAGGAGCUCAAGGGCGGUGGCCCGUUUAGGCGCUUGAGGCCAGAGCAAGCUCGCGAACUGCUACAGUCCAGGGUCUCCAAGAUGGUGGCUCGCUUGCACUUUGUGGAGGGCGAUGACGAGCCGAGCAACGACAACUAUAGGGGCAUGGCCGCCUUGGUGAAACCCGAUGGAUCUUGCUUCACCGCCGCCUCUUGCUGCGACCGUAGCUCCACCUCUGGCAGGCAUGUCCUGGUGUUCUCGGAUCCAGCACUGGAGUACGAGUGCGUGGUGUCUUUCAAGGAUCCGAUCGCCGUUCUGACGCCGAUCGAACCUGGCGUCAUCUUCAACUAUUGCAUCAACUGGAAUGACUGGUUCUGCAACUCGGGUAGUCCCUAUAGCUGGAAGCGCGACCCAGAGUCCGGGGACAUCAAGUGCGUGUCGGGCAUCUUCCUGGACGGUCAAAGCCUUAGCAGUGGCGAGUGCAAGCCUUACCGCAAGGUGAUGCUUCCGUUCGAGAUGGUGGAGGUUGGUGCUCCAGUACUUGAUAGCCGUGGAAAUCUUGGCGGAAUUGUGGUGGAAUUCGAGGAGAUCCCGGCUCGCAAUACUCGGUCCAAGAAGAAUUAUGGGCAGAGGAAGUUCGAUAUGAUUAGCAUCCGUGACUUCUACAGCAAGAUGAUCAGCAGGAAUCCUGACUUCGCGAAAGCGCUCGGUGCUGCCCUUGAGCACCGGAAAGCAGCCGUUUAUGAGGCAUGUGGCGGUACUGGUCUGACGACUCUUUGGAAGGAUUGGAUGACAACUCAUCCCGUCGGAGAAUUUGACAUUGAUGAGCCUUGAAGUAAGAGGUGUAGCCCUGUCAAGGCUUUUGGAGAUCUAUCAAUGAGGAAGACCUCCAUUCAGGCUACGUAAAAUCUUUAGCUAUUAUAAGAUAGGAGUGUUUUGGAGCCGAAUCCAAAGCUCUUGGAGACCUGGCAUUCAUUUGCAAUGUUUUUGUUUCAGCCGAAAAGGAAUAUUCGGCAUCUUCUUGCA